GCGCACGAGCGUACACACACACACGAGCGCGCGCACGCACACACACACACACAGCGGCUCCUCAGUGCUGCUCUGCCUCUUUGUGCGCGCGGAUGUGGAGGCGCUGCCGCUGCUGCUGUUGAGCGGUUCCGGUUUUGUUCCGUCUGUAUAUUUGGAUAUUACGUUUUUUUAUUUUAUUUUAGGGGGAGUUUUUUGUUGUUUUGUUUGUUUGUUUGUUUGCCGCAGUUUGUUUAUUUACCGCAGGUUGUUGUUUACCGCAGGUUGUUUUUUUUAGUGCGCGGGCGAUGCGCGCGGGGUGGCGCGGAGGACGGUGGUGGACGGCGGCGCGCGCUCAGGAUGCUCAGGAGUUUCAUCCGGGGAUUUAAAGCUUCCACCCUGCAGCACGGAGCGCCAGCCGCUGCGGAGCAGGAGCGUUUUCACUAAGGAGGAGGAGGAGGAGGAUGAAGGAGGGUUCGCGCGCGCGCGUGUGUGUGUGAGUGAGUGCGUGUGAGCUGAGCGCGCCGAGAUGGAGGCGCACGCGCUCCGCGGCCUCCUGCUGCACCUCCUGCUGUCCUGGACUAACGCGGCGUUCACGGAGGUGCCAGUGGAUGCGAGUGUGUGUGAGGGGGAGGAUGUGGAGAUGCCCUGUGCUUUUCGGGCUGUUGGAGUCGGACCGCUCGCGCUAGAGAUUCAGUGGUGGUACCUGAGAGAGGCAGCGGACCUGCAGCUCAGCACACAACCCAACAGAGCCAAGGUGGUCCCGAGAGAUGCCACGAAAAUCAGCACGGUGAGAGUUCAGGGUAACGCCAUUUCCCACAAGCUCAGUCUGUCCAACGUGCGGAAGGAGGACGAGGGCGUGUACGAGUGCCGCGUUUCGGACCUGUACUCUGACGAAACUCAGGAUUAUAAAGUCCAGGCCACCCUGCGGGUCACGGCGCGGCACGGCAUGCUGGCGGAAGAGGCCGUGAGUCACAUCCAGAACCGCUGGAGUCUGAGGAACAGCAACGCGGCGGCGGCGGCAGGGGGGCGGGUCACUCCUGAACCCGGACAGGGGAAACCUCACGUGCCCCUAGAGGGGGCCGCAAUCGACCCCCAACCUCAGACCACCACCUCCAUGGCCUCCGCCGCCAAAUCCUCCGCUUCCCCCCGGCCGGGGAACGCCGCCAUCCGGCAGCAGCACGGAGCCGGUUCUGGAGCCAUGGCAACCACCGAGCCCCUGCUCUACAUCACCCUGCUGAUUCUGCAUAAGCUCCUCCCUUUCCUGUUUGCUCACUGAAGGACUUCGACCAAACAGGCUGACCUUUUCACUUUAUUUACCAAACAAAAAAGGAAAAUAUAUAAAUAAAUCUAUCUACCAUAAAGGCACAUCACCGACACGGCUGGACACAGCAGCAGCGGCGGCGGUUCUGGGAACGUGACUCUGACUCUGACGGAUGGAUCACGGUAACGGAAAAGCGUCUGGAGCUGAAGGGGAGGAGACUCAUCUGGAGUUUAACGCUAAAAGGACUGUAUGAGAAGCAUGAUGAUAAAAAAAUAUAUAUAAAAAAAUUCUAUGUGAAUUAGAGAUCACAUCUGUGUCCCACACACACACGACCCGAACCCACCAAUCGCUGGUUCCGUUUCCUCGUGUUCGCCCUGCGGAGUGCAUGGCUCUAUUUAUUUUCCCGUGGAAUUUCAUUUCCCUUAAAGUUUCAUUUUAGGUUUUUUUUAAUGAAUUUUUAUCGUCAUAUUCUGCUCAGUGUGAUUCAAAAACAUUUAUAUUUUUAUUGGUUCCAUUUUUGACAAAACAACUAAAACACAGUUUUUUUAUUGAUCUGAUCUGAUUUAUUUUUUGCAUGAACUGUUGAUUUCCAGAUUCGAUGGUCAGUGGGGCUCAUCUGUGUCCACUGUUCUACUGUGUGUGAGCAAGAGUGUGUGUGUGUGUGUGUGUGUGUGCGCACACGCGCAAGUGUGCGUGUUCCAUUCAGUUCUACUGCAGUUUUUUUUCACAGUGUACAAAAAUGCGAUAUAUUUUGAUCAGAAAAGGCACACGUUUCCAUAGUUGUUGUUAGUCACCUUCAAUAAUGUUUAUUUUUAUUAAAGAUAUGGUGAUCAAGUUACAACAUUCAUUUAUAAAAAGAAAAAAACAGUACGAUGCCAACACCAGUUGAAAUAAAGGUUGUUUCUUUUUUUAA